AUGGCUCCUAUCAGACAGAACCCCCAGCUUGCUCUGAAAACCGUCAAGCGUAAGGUUGCUGUUCGACCUGCCAAACGACCUGUCAACCGACUUGUUCGAAAGCGAGUACCUCCAAUCGGUUCUUGGUCUCGUCCGAUUGUUCUUGGCAACAUCUCUACUCUGGAUGGAUCUCAAUCCAGUCCAAUUGUCAUUGAAGACCAUCCUGAACUUGAUGGUUCCAUUUCCAAGCCCAUUGAGCUUGAAGACGACUCUGGUGACGAAGGAACUAGUUCCAAUCCCAUUGUGCUCGUGGAUGACCCUGGUGAUGGAUUGGACCAAGGUGCCUUCAUCGUCAGGCUGCAGAUGAUCACCGUAUUAGAGGAAUGGACUGUUGACUACGGACUCAAAGCCGCCAUCUCAUUCGAAGUCAUCCACCUGACAAAUCGAAACCACCUGCAUCUGAUGUGGAGACCAGGCCAGCUUUCUUCUUUUGGACUCAAGGUUAUCUCCUUCCAUUAUGGAAUCGAGCCCAUCCGUAUUUGA